AUGAGUGAGAGCUGCUGGAUCUCAGCCCCUUGCUGCUGCUUCUCUUUCAGCCCUGAAGGGCAAUUAAAGCCAGAUUGCCUCAGACCUGAACUGAUGAUCACAGCCAUCACCAGCCACGACUGGCUGCUCAACCCUGGAAAUGUAGCUAGCCUGAAUUAUAACAUGCUGUGCACUUCCGCCGGCGCCGACCACGUGGAGGCGAUUUCCUGUCUCGUGGCAGCAUUUCCUCACUGUCAGGCGCAGCUUCCCAAGAUCAAUCGUCUCGCGUCGUCCGCUGCUGCCUGUUUUGUCUCGUCCGCCGCCCAGCGCUACGGCUCCAAGGCCUUGCUGCUGCGCGGCCACAUGGAAAUGGAUGGAAAUUCCCCCGUGGUCGGCGUCGCUGGUUCUGCAAUAGUUAGCGCUCCCUCCCUCCGCGCUGCCAGUCCGGAGACCAGAUGUCCCGAUUCUCAAUGUUUGACACUUAUGGAACAAAUGAAAAACGAGAUGGAAAGAAGAGAAGCCCACUGCUGUAAGGAGUGUCACAUGUCUGCUGAUGAGUGUAUGAGAGGUGUCCUCAGGGAGAACACGGAUGGUGAUGUCUCAGGUUUCUGUGACAUCUUGAGAGAAGGGAGUGGAAGCCUGGACCUAAACAAGGUAGUUGGGCUGGGCUGGUGUGGAACCUGGACAGCAGCCUCCUCCUUCCUCCAGGGAGCUUUCUCCAUCUCCAUCCACCUCCCACCUUGGCACUAAUCAGACUGCAUGGAAAUUAUUGCUUUGCUUGUCUCCUAGCUUGGUCUCUGAUGAUCAUGAGGACAGCAUGUUCCUUCUGUGUCUUCAUUUGCUUUGUUGGUCACAAGAUCAGGGCUCUAUCAGGAUAGGACAAAGAAAAAAUAAAGGAGAUUCCCUUUGCUGUAGGGAGCUGGGGUUCAUUGCCUUCUGGAGUGUUGGGUUGGGGGGUGCUGAGUAAGCAGUCCGUGAAGAGAGGUUCAGGGCAGAAGCACAUUGGUACUUUCUCUCCUUGAAGAAUUCUUCAGCAAGUCGCUUUUCCUUGCUGAAGGCUAGGGAAGGCUUUUCCAACUCCAACCUGUGAGUAUUGUGGCAAGGACCAGGGAUGGAACAGGAUAUAAUUGAGGGGUUUAUGGGAGGGGUUUAUGGCCGUAGUUCUUACACAGCCCUCCUGCUGCUCUGUGACCUU